AACAGACAGCCUAGUGACCGGCGACAGACAGGUAACUAAGUAAAGCGUCACCGAUGUACUUUGACCCUCGUCGCUCCCACUACGAUGUCAGGAAGUAGCAUCUGUUAUGGCAAAAGGGAAACCAGAGAAGACGCAUCUUCAGGCUCAGGGAAGAACCAGGCAAGCCGGAAAGAAACGACCCAGCCAGACACACGCAUGUGGUCCCUCGCUGCCCUGGCCUUGGUCGUAGCCGUGUGCGUGGUCCCGCUGACCGCCGCCGUGUCUGCCUCUGGCCGCCCUCAUCAGAAGCACACAGCUUGGAAGAUGGAUGAGGCGAUACUGACAGUCAACAAUGAGCUGGACAAAGAGGUGGUGGUGUCCUGGGUGUCAGAGCGAUGCUAUCAGUGUUUGUAUCAGCAGCUGGGGGUGCUGCCCGCAGCGCCCGGUCCUGGUCGGCCCAGUUCGGCAGACUUCGUUGUGAGCACACAGCAUGAAAUUACACUGCAGCUCAACGGCACUUCUGGCAACCUGGAGUUCUGCACGGUUCCAUUCCACUUUGAGGAGCACGGGAACUACUCUCUGUGGGUGAAAGAUCUGAACGACUCCUUAGUGUACAACUGCUCCGUAGUGACUGAUGCGGACCCCGUCAACAGCUACAUGCCCAUCUUGGUAGCUUUCCUGGUCUUCGCUGGGCUGGCCUUGGCUUCUGCCAUCGGAACAAAAGUAUUAGGGCUUGACAUAGUGAGGGGUAUCCUGUUCCGAAUGGCCGGCUCCAUGGAAACGGAGAGGCUCAUCAACUCCGAGCUGGGCUCCCCUGGCAGGGCGGUGUCACUAGUUGCUGACAACAUCCUCCCUCCAUCUCCCAGCCCCAGCAAGAGGCUGCGAUCUCUGGACACAUUCAGAGGUUUGUCCUUAGUCAUCAUGGUGUUUGUGAACUACGGAGGAGGGCGAUACUGGUUCUUCAGACACGAAAGCUGGAAUGGCCUGACUGUGGCGGAUCUAGUCUUCCCUUGGUUCGUGUUCAUAAUGGGGACGUCCGUCGCCCUGUCGAUCAACUCCAUGCUCCGCGCCGGCUCCACCCGCAAAUCGCUGCUGAGGAAAGUUGUGUGGAGGAGUGUGCAGCUCUUCAUCAUCGGCGUCUUCAUCAUCAACCCAAACUACUGCCAGGGACCGUUAUUUUGGGACAACCUGAGGAUCCCUGGUGUGUUGCAGCGCCUGGCCUGGUCUUACUUAGCUGUGGCCAGCCUGGAUCUGCUGGUGGCGAGAGGUCAUCUUGACAUCCUUACAACGGAUGCUUGGUGGUCCCCUGGCCUUGACAUCUUGCUGUACUGGCCUGCCUGGCUGUGUGUGCUUCUCUUAGAAGUCAUGUGGCUGUGCCUCACUUUCCUACUUCCUGUGCCAGAUUGCCCCACCGGCUAUCUGGGUCCAGGUGGGAUCGGGGACAUGGGCCAGUACGCCAACUGUACUGGUGGCGCUGCCGCUUUCAUUGACCGAUGGCUGCUUGGAGAGAGCCACAUCUACCAGACUCCCUCUUCUCGGGUGAUUUACGCAACACAUAUGCCAUACGAUCCAGAAGGUGUUCUUGGCAGCAUCAACUCCGUCCUCAUGGCUUUUCUUGGAUUGCAGGCAGGAAAAAUAAUCUUACACUACAGAGAUCUCCACACAAGUAUCAUGUCAAGAUUUCUCAUAUGGGGUCUCUUCCUGGGAGUCAUAUCAGCAGUUCUGACCAAGUGUUCCACGGACCAGGGCUUCAUUCCUGUCAACAAAAACCUCUGGUCUCUCUCUUAUGUUACCACACUGGCCUGUUUUGCGUACGUGCUGCUGGUGCUGGUCUACUACGUGGUGGAUGUAAAGAGGUGGUGGUCCGGAGCACCUUUCUACUACCCUGGUAUGAACUCCAUCCUCGUGUACGUGGGCCACGAAGUGUUCGAGGAGUACUUCCCCUUCCGUUGGCGCAUGGCCGACAGCCAAUCCCACGCCGAGCACCUCACGCAGAACCUCGUGGCCACGUCCUGUUGGGUCUUCAUCUCCUACAUGCUCUACAGGAAGAAGAUUUUCUGGAAGAUUUAAAGGCGGAGGCCCCGAAACGAUGGGACACUCUGAAAAGCGGAGGACAAUGUUGACAUCGGAUUCGAAAGAGUUCAAAUCUGAAAACAUUUGGAGAGCAGGAGACUGGAGACUUGAUUGAGUUUGUCGAAACUAUGGUGGUUAUCUGUCUCUGAACAUAUCGGAGGGUUCUUCUUUCAAACAGCACAUCUUUUUGUUUUUUAAUUUCUUUUUAAUUUCAGUCACUAAUUUACCAGACUUUUUUCCAAAGAUCUCCAGAAAAGAAGUGGCUGCACAACAUCUUAACUGACUCAGGAAGGUCGCCUACAAGGAUAGUGUGAGAAUUUGUGAAUACUGACGUUGUUAAUCUGCCAUCUGACUGUUAUAGAGGCUGGUUUUCAUUCCUCAUCUAGCACCGCAGACGACAGCAGCAGCAGCAGCAGGCUGUUGCAGUAGUGGUUUGUCGACUUCCCUUUCGGGAGAAUCCCUGCUGCCAUCUUAAGUACUGUCGCAUUACUCUGAAAAGCUGAAGUGGGUUUUUAUGAGACGGACCCUUCAAGAGCAGGAGACAUUAAAUCAUGCACCCUCGAGAGAAAAGGCUACCAAUAAUGCAUUGUGAUCUCUUGUUAUUUCCACUGCGCAGUGGAAGAUGGAAGGGAUAUUUAUACAAGGGGAAACCCAGAGGUUUUAAAAUAUGAAAGUUAAACUAUCUGCUGCACUAGAUGAUGCCUCAGUUUUGUCUUUUCUUUUAAAUUUAAAAUCCUCUGCUCCCACAGUGGUGUCACAUAUGAAGCUGCGUGUUACCAAGUGCUGAGAGGAAGUGGAGGAGGGCAUGUCAGAUGACUAUAACCCACUUGCUUUGCAUUUUGGUUAAUGCAGAACCAUCUUUUUUUUUGUAACACAUGGCCCUGUUGGCAUUGGCAGAAGUAAUUUGCCCUUCUCAUGGCAAAAGUUUGCUAUUUUUGAGUCACCAUUUCUUCACAAGUUUAUAGAAAGCAAUUAUGCUGCACAGUAGUUUAAUUAUGGGAUUCAGAGAUUGGAUGAUGUCUUAUGUCACCAUAAAAAAGUUGCCAUUACUCUCAACAAUAUUGUAUACAUGUACAAUUGGCAGGUAUUACUUAUAACUCUUUCUACAAAAUCACAUGUUCUGUGUUAUAUCCAAAUGCUGUGUGUGAUUUUUGGAAAAAAAAACUGUAUCCAGUACUGUCUUAAUUGCUGAAAUUCCAUUUUUUCCAAUCUUUUAUACAUCGUUUUUUAUAUUCACAGUUUUGGAAAAUAAGUUUAUGUAAUAAAAUGUAGAUA